GCGUCGCGAGGCGAGCGUCCUCCUUUUGUGCGAGCGCCGGCGGCUCGGCUUCUCGAAGGUAAACAGCGCUUCCUCUUCCUCCUCGCCGCGCCUCUUCCUUUUAUAGUUAUUUCUCGCCUGGCACUCGCCCGGGCCGCUGCUGCUGCUGCUGCUGCCGCCGCGGCGGGGGCAGCUCGCAAACCUGUGGCGGUGACGUGAGCCCCGCCAACCCGGAAACGGCGGCGGCGGCACCGGAGGCUCCGAGUCUCCUGCGCUCCCGCGCCGCGCUCCCCUCGUCCGCCCGGGCCGCCAGGAGAAGAAACUGAGGCCUGGAAUUUGAUUAACUCAUUCAAGAUUACCCAGUUGGUAAUCAUUUGCAUACCUGUUAGCAAGAAACAGAAGUUGAAGGACUGGAACAAGUGAACUAGGAAAGAGGGAACGCCAAUCCAAGGAUAGAAGGACAAGGACAGAAUCACCAGCACUGGCUGAAGGUACCUUAACAUGGGGAAUCUUCUUAAAGUUUUGACAUGCACAGACCUUGAGCAGGGGCCAAAUUUUUUCCUUGAUUUUGAAAAUGCCCAGCCUACAGAGUCUGAGAAGGAAAUUUAUAAUCAGGUGAAUGUAGUAUUAAAAGAUGCAGAAGGCAUCUUGGAGGACUUGCAAUCAUACAGAGGAGCUGGCCACGAAAUACGAGAGGCAAUCCAGCAUCCAGCAGAUGAGAAGUUGCAAGAGAAGGCAUGGGGUGCAGUUGUUCCACUAGUAGGCAAAUUAAAGAAAUUUUAUGAAUUUUCUCAGAGAUUAGAAGCAGCAUUAAGAGGUCUUCUGGGAGCCUUAACAAGUACCCCAUAUUCUCCCACCCAGCAUCUAGAGCGAGAGCAGGCUCUUGCUAAACAGUUUGCAGAAAUUCUUCAUUUCACACUCCGGUUUGAUGAACUCAAGAUGACAAAUCCUGCCAUACAGAAUGAUUUCAGCUAUUAUAGAAGAACAUUGAGUCGUAUGAGGAUUAACAAUGUACCGGCAGAAGGAGAAAAUGAAGUAAAUAAUGAAUUGGCAAAUCGAAUGUCUUUGUUUUAUGCUGAGGCAACUCCAAUGCUGAAAACCUUGAGUGAUGCUACAACAAAAUUUGUGUCAGAGAAUAAAAAUUUACCAAUAGAAAAUACCACAGAUUGUUUAAGCACCAUGGCUAGUGUAUGCAGAGUCAUGCUGGAAACACCGGAAUACAGAAGCAGAUUUACAAAUGAAGAGACAGUGUCAUUCUGCUUGAGGGUAAUGGUGGGCGUCAUAAUACUCUAUGACCACGUACAUCCAGUGGGAGCAUUUGCUAAAACUUCCAAAAUUGAUAUGAAAGGUUGUAUCAAAGUUCUUAAGGACCAACCUCCUAAUAGUGUAGAAGGUCUUCUAAAUGCUCUCAGGUACACAACAAAACAUUUGAAUGAUGAGACUACCUCCAAGCAAAUUAAAUCCAUGCUGCAAUAACAAUUCUGGAAUAAGCACCUGCUGUAGACAGAAGACAGUAUUCUGCAAUGACUGAGAAUGCACAGUUUUUUAGUGAUUGCAAUUACUAUCUCAUUUAUUCUUGCUUUUAUUUCUUUCCUCUGUUCCUCUUCCCUCUUUUUUAAUCAUGUUCUUGUUCUUAAGACUUCUUUUCUGUGCCAAAAUUAGUAAAGUUACACUCUGAAGGGAUAUCAUCCUUUCAAACAGGCCAUCUAAGGCAGCUAAUUAUGCAUUGCAUUGGGGUCUCUACUGAGAAAAAUUCUGUGACUUGAACUAAAUAUUUUUAAAUGUGGAUUUUUUUUGAAACUAAUAUUUAAUAUUGCUUCUCCUGCAUGGCAAAACUGCCUAUUCUGCUAUUUAAAAACCCUCAAUGACUUUAUUUUCUACUGCCGCCUUUUUCAUGUGCAACCAAAAUGAAAAUGUUUAAAUUAACUGUGUUGUACAAAUGGUACCCAACACAAACUUUUUUUAAAUUAGUAAUACUUUUGUUUAAAGUUUUAAGUUUGCAUUUUGACUUUUUUUGUAAGGAUGUAUGUUGUGUGUUUAACCUUUAUUAACUAACGUUAAAAACUGUGAUGUGUGCGUAGAAUAUUACGUAUGCAUGUUCAUGUCUAAAGAAUGGCUGUUGAUGAUAAAAUAAAAAUCAGCUUUCAUUUUUCUAAGUGUGGCUUGGUUUACUGAUGUUUUGUUUUUAGGCUUCUAAAGUUUUCCCCAUGUAUGUUUUUAUGGAAUGCAUAUAUACAUUACAUGAUUUUUUCUUUUAGGGGAGAGCCGGGUCUUUUCAUUAGAAUUUUUAUCAUUGUCUAUGUAUAUAAUUUUAAUUGCCUUUAAAAUUUUGCUAAGUAUAUUAAGACCAGUGAUCUUUUCAUUAACUGGACUUUUAUUCUUGAUUUACUCUUGUAUGGAUGUAGUAAUGAAAGGAAAACCGCAUCCUAGCUUGAUUCACCAUUUCCAGGAGAGUGGGUAGCAACGUGAAGGCAGAGUAGCCCUUUAAUCCUGGGAAGAGAGUGAUUAUAAGAGGGACUUCCUAGGAGAAAAGCAGAGACCAUGGUCUCACUAGUGGUGGAAAACUAACAUGUUUUUCAGUUUGAGAUCAUAAAACCUAAAUCAUGAAAUCUAAAUCUCACGGUUGGAAGAAACUGCUUAAAGGUUGUCUAGUUCAACCAUGCCAGUGUUUUAAAUAUUUAGGAAUAUCUGAGGUAUAAUGCAAUUAAAAUGCUUAACCAUGGAAGAGAAUCACAGAGGCUUCCCUCAGACCCUUCUGAAUUAAUAGGGCCAGAUCAUGGCACACACAGCUUCUCAAGAUCAUAUCCCUGCUGAUCUCUCUGGCCCUCCCGCUCACUGCUCCCCCACUUCACACCCUGUUCUGCAGCCAGGCCCUACUGCUUGCUAUUCACAAAUUGUCCCAUGCGAUGUCACUUCCUUAACUCUGGUCUGGCUGGUACCUGAACCUGACAUUACCUUCCUCCCCUUGUGACCAUCUAAUGGACGCCAACUUUCAUCUUUGAAGGGUUAUCUUCUAUUACCUCCUUCAUGGAGCCUUCUGGAUAACAUUGGCCAUAUCCUUCUAGGCAUCCUCUAAGAAUAGGGUAAUGGGCUAAAUAGUGACCCCCAGGAGAUACAUUCACUGGGAACCUGCACGUGUGACCUUAUUUGGGAAAAGUUUUUGCAGAUGAAAUCAAGGAUCGGGAAAUGAGAUCAACCUGUAGUAGGAUGGGCCCUAAAUUCAAUGACCAGCUAUUAGAAAAGAAGGGGAAAGAGACGUACAGAGCUGAAGGCCAUGUGAAGAUGGAGGCAGAGAUUAGAGCAAUGCAUCUAUGAGCCAAAGAACCCUAAGAAUUGGAAGUCGCUAGAAGCUAGGAAAGAAGCUUGUCACAGAUGAUCUCAGAGUCUUGAGCAGGAACCAACCCUGCCAAUAUCUUAAUUUCAGAUAUCUGGCCUCCAGGAUUGUGAGGGAAUAAGUUUCUGUUGUUUUAAGCCAUGCGGUUUGUGGUAUUUUGGUACAGCAGCCUUAAGAAUCUGAUACAUGUAUCUCGUAAAACAUCUCUGAUACUUACCUGCGCUUGUGGCUGUGUUGUCUGAUUCUAUAAGAGCCGUAGUAUCUGGAUACUAGAGAGUCUGCAAACUUGAGAGAAGGGCCAUGUCUGAUUUUCCUUCAGUGUCCCAAGGAAGGAUCUCGCACAGUACCCGGAUUUGGAGAGGUGCCAAGUGAAUGCUUCGGUGGACUGAAUGAAUACAAAUCAAAAAUAAUGACGCAGCUGGAAUGGAUGCAGUAAGAUUGCUGUGGCCUAUGCAGUUCACAUAGUUCACACUCUGCAUGUUGAAGAAUAAGUGGACAAAUCUCUUUAGCCCAGGGGCUAGCAAACCGGUCUUUGGGCCAAUUUAUCCACCAUCUGUUUUUGUACAGCUUGUGAGCUAAAAAUGGUUUUUAAAAAGGUUGAAUACAAUGAAAAGAAUAAUAUUUUGUGGCAUGAGAAAAGCAUAUGAGAUUCAAAUUUUAGUGUUCAUAAAUAAAAUUUUAUUGGAA